AUGGUUCGGGUCGCGCUGGUCUUGACUUUCCCUGCCCUGUCUGCCCUGUCACAGCUUGUGACAGGGCCCGAUCGGUCUUGGAACUCCGCUAGUUCCUCUCCGUGGGUCCUCUCCGUCCAAACUCCCUCAGCUCCUCAACCCUUCGACUUCCGACUAUCCUCGACGAUUCCGACUAUUGACGAUCCGAUUAUCCAUCCCCGCAG